CACAGCCGGGGAAAUGCUCCCAGAUUUGGGCAUUGCUCAGACUGGCUGGGAACAAAAGUUUCUCCCUUUGCUGGGGCAGAUGCAACUUCAGUCGGCUGCCCAGCUGCUUUUGGCAGGGCUGGGGGCAUGGGCUGGGGUGGAUACAAGAUGGGAGUUGGCUCCUGGCCCUGCCAACAGCCCCCAGCACCCAGCAUGGCCUGGGCUGAGGCUGGGGCUGGGGCUGGGGCAGCCAGCCCGGCACAGAGAAACCCCCAUGGCAGGAGCAGAGGUGGGACUGCAGAACCUGUGCAGGGGCUGCUUUGCUUUGCAGGCAAGGAAGGGCUUGGGCUGCUCCAUUCCCCUUUUUUGCUUUGGGAUCACAGUUAUUUUGGGGGGCAGUGCAGCUGGGAAGAGAGAAAGUGUGGCCUUCUCUCCCCCAUGGGUGGGAUUUUCCCUAGCAUGUAGGGGUUGGGCCUUCCUCACACCUCUGACGGAGAUAAGAGUUUUUUUCCUAUUUCCCCUUAUCUCUAAUCUCUUUUCAACAGUUUGUUGUUUGUUUUUCUAGAGGAAGCGUUCUAUGUAAGGUCCAGUCGAGAUUGGGAAGUGCCUGGGAGCAGCUGCAGCGUGGAUGGGCCGUGCCCUUGGAGAAGGCUGAGGACAUCGUUUGGGACCAGCUUUUCUCCCAGCGGAGGAUGGCGUGAGCCGGGCUCUGCGGGUGCUGAGGCUGCUCUGGGCUCUGCCAGGGCUCUGCUGGGCUCUGCCCUGGGCACAGCUGGGCUGGCUCUGCCCUCACAUUGCUCUGACAGCUUUGCAUCAGACGAGCCCGUUGGAGCACAGUGCCUGAGCUUUCUGCUUUGGCAGGAACGCCUGGAUCUCCACUAUUCAUUCUUCAUUUCUUUUUGGCUGGAAUUGUGCAGUUGCACUUUCUUCCUCCUCUAGAAGUGCCAUGAGUGGGCCAAACCUGGCAAGUGAGCCGUGUUCCUGAGGCAGUGCAGUCUGGAGCUGAUGGAUGGAGAAUUGCCCUUCCCACUUCCAAACCAGAGCAAAAAGCCAGGUCCUGGCCCUCUUCCAGCCAAAGGGAAAAGGGCCCCACCAAGCCUUGUUACCCACAGACAGCAUGGUAAAGCUGAACACUAAAGGACCUUGGGGGCAUUAUUCUGGAAUUAAAAAGUUGCCAGCUCCAUGGACAACAGAAUUAUUGUUCCUAACCUGAAUGAUAUUGAGCAAAAAGAAUGAAGAACGGUGUCACUAAAGUACUACUGACGUUUGCCAAAACACCUCCAGAGUUUCACCAAGAGAUCAGUCAUCAAAAUGUUUUGGAAAUUUAAAGACCAAGGUAGCCAAAGCACACAGUGUCACUAAUUGCUGGGUAUGUUCUCAGCUGAAGUUGGGAGGAAUGGGGUUCCCUUGGAGGGCCCACCCUGUGGGGUGGCCAGAACUCUGUCAAUGGGCUCUGCCUCGUAACGGAGUCAAUGAAGGGACAGUUACAGAAACCUGUGCUGUGGGACACGGGAAUACAACGAUCCGUGUGACAGGAUUCACUCAGAUUUCCCGUCAGGAGAAACCAAACCCUGUUACAGUUAUAGAGGCUACAGUGUCAGAAGAUUUCUGUGCUUUACCAUCACUCCCAAUGUCAGAAGAACUUGGGGUGCUGCAGCUGGUCAGUGUCAGUGUCACACCACUCCCAGCUGCAGGGCCCCCAUUUAGGGUCCUUCAGCAACGACCACACGGAAGACUUAGGGCCCAGAGAACAUUUUCCACCCAAAGAGUGCCUUGGGUUUCCGAAAGCAAAGGAUUCUGGUUCACCCUGUGCCCCAUGUGCGCUGCCCCGCCCCGUGGAGUUGACAUGAAUGAGCUGAAUGGAUUAUUAGAAGAGGUAGUAAAUGAUACUGUUGAAAUGCCCAUUAGCACAUCCUAUGAGCUCCAACAAACACAAAUGGGGACUCCAGAGAACCGCAUGGCCUUGGAUUAUCUGCUUGCUGGCCAAGGAGGAACCUGGGCUAUCAGGGGACGGGGAUGUUGCACUGCUAGCAGUGAUGGGUUUGAAGGCCAACAGUCAGGAAUCACCUUGACAGAAAGAGCAGUAGAAGAGUGGCAGAAAGAAGAAAAUUCUUCUUGGUGGGAUUGGCUUCGUGGCUGCCAAAUUAGAGGCUGCUGUGAAAUGCAUUCGUGGCAGUGCCUGUCAUCAUUGCAGUGUGUGCACUUGCCUUUGCCUUUUGAGGCCCUUGCUGAGGAGGGUGUAGAAGCCCAGAAGAUCAGGACCUGGUCUGCAUGUCCCAAACAUCAAAAACUGGAUGGCUGUGGGACCAACCAAGGAUUGUCUCGUUGGCUAAAUGUUUCCCCAAUUCCAGUUUGGUCUUAACCACUUGGUGCGCUC